AUGGAAAAGUGCCUGGUGCUCCCCCCUUCGAAGCAGAUCUUGGAUCCGAAACUGUUUCGAGUGUGCUGCAGGCAUGUUUACCAGUGCCGCCAUAUCAGUUACCACCUUCAUUGGCGUACUGGGAGGGCCGACUUUCUUGCAGAGUUUUGCAGAGGUGGUCACAAGAUCUACGAAUUGGUUUCUGGAUGCAGCUGGUGUCUUGCUAGUACUUGGCUGCAUUAUUCAAGUCACAAUGGCAAUGGAG